UCAUGUGUCCAACAUAAAUUCUAUGUCACUGUUUUUACAAAAAAGUAUAUAAAAUUAAAGAAAAAUUAACGAUGGCUUCUAGUAGAUCUCUUCCUAUUGGUAUUGAUUUGGGCACAACAUAUUCAUGUGUGGGUGUCUUUAGAAAUGGUGUCGUUGAAAUUAUUGCCAACGAUCAAGGAAACCGAACAACACCAAGUUAUGUGGCGUUUAACGAGGUGGAAAGAUUAAUUGGUGAUGCUGCCAAAAAUCAAGUAGCUUUCAAUCCAUCUAACACCAUUUAUGAUGCUAAAAGGUUAAUUGGUAGAAAAUUUACCGAUUCUGUUGUCCAAGAAGACAUGAAACUUUGGCCAUUUCAAAUUAUUAAUGAAAAGGGGCGACCGAAAGUUGUCGUAAAAUAUAAAGGUGAACAAAAAUCUUUUUUUCCAGAAGAAAUUUCAUCGAUGGUUCUUGGAAAAAUGAAAGAAAUCGCUGAAGCUUAUUUAGGGCAAGUCGUUAGUCAAGCAGUUAUCACCGUUCCAGCUUAUUUUAAUGACGCUCAAAGGCAAGCAACUAAAGACGCUGGAACGAUUGCUGGGUUAGAAGUACAAAGAAUAAUUAAUGAACCAACAGCAGCAGCAAUUGCUUAUGGAUUAGACAAAAAAGGCGAUGAUUCAGAAAGAUUUGUUCUUAUUUUUGAUAUGGGUGGAGGAACUUUUGACGUUUCCAUUUUGCUAAUAGCUGGAGGAAUCUUUGAAGUUAAAUCCACCUCGGGAGAUACCCAUUUAGGGGGGGAAGACAUCGAUAAUAGACUCGUUCAAUAUUUCGCCGAUGAAUUCAACAGGAAAAAUCACAUCGAUGUUAUUAAAAAUAAAAGGGCAUUAAGGCGAUUGCAAACUGCUUGCGAACGAGCAAAAAGAACUCUUUCAGUGGCUACCCAGGCUAACAUUGAAAUAGAUUCUUUAGCUGAUGGUGUUGAUUUUUAUGCCUCCAUCAGUAGGGCUAAGUUUGAAGAAUUAAAUUCUGACAUUUUUAGAAGAACUUUAGAACCUGUUGAGAAAGCUAUUAGAGAUGCUAAAUUAACAAAACGAGACAUUAAUGAUAUUGUACUUGUUGGUGGAUCAACGAGGAUUCCUAAAAUCCAAUUACUUCUCCAAGACAUAUUCGGCGGAAGAGAAUUGAAUAAGUCCAUAAAUCCAGAUGAAGCCGUUGCUUAUGGAGCUGCUGUUCAAGCUGCCAUUUUAGCCGGCGAUCAAUCCAGCAACGUUAAAGAUCUUUUAUUAUUAGAUGUUACUCCUUUAUCUUUAGGAAUAGAAACAGCAGGUGGCGUAAUGUCUGUUUUGAUCAGAAGAAAUUCAACCAUUCCAACAAAACAUGCUCAAAUAUUUUCAACUUACGCUGAUAACCAACCAAGUGUAUUAAUUCAAGUUUUUGAGGGAGAACGAGCAAUGACCAGGGAUAAUAAUCUUCUUGGAAAAUUUGAUUUAGCUGGAAUACCUCCCGCACCUCGUGGUGUGCCUCAAAUUGAAGUAACUUUUGAUAUUGACGCAAACGGAAUAUUAAACGUUUUCGCAAAAGAAACAGCAACAGGGAGGCAAAAUCAAAUCGUAAUUACAAACGACAGAGGGAGAUUGUCUAAACAACAAAUAGACAAGAUGAUUUCUGAUGCAGAACAAUUUAAAGAAGAUGAUGAAAAAAUUAGAGCUUCCGUAGCUGCAAAGAAUGAAUUAGAAACUUAUGUUUAUCAAGUUAAAGCGAUGAGUGACGAUCCUGAUAUAUCAUCAAAACUUCCCAAGGAAGAUAAAAAUAAGUUGGAUAAAACUUGUGAUGAUGCCUUAUCGUGGAUGAAUACUCAUAAAGAUAGUGACGAGGAACAAUUUUUAGCAAAGAAAAAAGAAGUUGAAAUAGUUUGCAAACCGAUUGUAAUGAGAUUAUAUUCAUCUGGUGGUACUUAUAGACCCCCUAAUAGACAAUUUAACAGUACCGGUGGAGGUCCACAAAUUGAUGAAGUUGAAUAAAAUUUACAGAAAACUUUUUAUUUACUAAUUAUUUGUCUUUUUUAUCAAGAGAUGGCGAUCAAAAUGACAACAAAAAUAUGGAGUGUUUUGUGGAAGAAAUUAUGAAGAUGGGUUGUAAAACUCGAAAAGAAGCGGCAAUUACUUCUCAUGUUUUCUUAGAAUUAUGUGAAGUUAAAAAAUAUUGGGAUGUCGAGUACCAUUUCAACGAAAUUCUUUCUUCCAUGUACAUAACAGCAAAGAAAACUAAAUCAUCCAAAACAUUAACAUUUAUUCCAAUUUCCUCAUUCGAUGGUAUAUCAAUCGAAGAAAUGAAAAAAUAUCUUAUUUUAGACCAAGAACAUAAAAGUGUUCAUCUUGCCAUUGUCGAUUCAGAUUUAACAUCUGUUUAUUAUCAAAUAACCGAUGGUAUAGGAGAUCCUACACCGGAAUCUCAAGAGGAAAGUAUUAAAGAUCGUAGAAUGAAGUUGGAUGGUGAUCUUCGUAGUAAUAAGAAAAUCUUGGAAGAAGCUGCGAUGUAUGGCAUACCAAUAACGAUAAAUAAAAAAUAAGGAAAAAAUGUGUGGAAAUUUUGUAUUUUUUUAAUGUUAUUGUAUUUUUAUUGUUUGUGGAUAAAUGUAAAUUGAAUUUGUAUUACAAAUGUGUCAAAUUUUUCAGAUCCUUUCUAUAUGUGUUGUUUUAGCAACUUCAGAUGUGCAUACCUAAUCA